GAGUGGGCAACAUUAUAACGAUUUGUUUGCUGAGAUCGAGGCUCCAUUAUUCCCCGGGUGUCAAAAUUACACUUCAUUGAAUUUCCUAGUGAAGUUAAUGCAUUUCAAAGUGUUGGGAAAAAUUCCCAACAAAAUAUUUGAUGGAAUGCUGGAGUUGUUACAUGAUGCAUUUCCAGCCCCAAAUAAGCUUCCAAAAUCGCACUAUGCAGCGAAAAGGUUGUUGCGGAAACUUGGAUUGGGCUACGAGUCAAUCCAUGUCUGCAAGCAUGAUUGCACACUGUUUUGGAAAGAACAUGCUGGAAAAAGCAAAUGUCCUGUUUGUGGAGAGGAUGCGAUCCUCCACGUGGACCGUCAGAUAUCCCAGCUGAUUGUGAACGAGCGCCUCCAAGUAAACGUGGACACCAUAAGGGAUUGAACACGCGGGAAAAGAGGGAACAGUUGGGGCGUCCUCUCCCUCUCGAGUGGGAUGUGCGGGGGAGAACAUAUAAAGAGAUCGGAGAGUACAGCUCAAAUUUCUCAAGAGAGCUCGGAUUACUUGUUCGACAAUACACAGAUCCGGACUGUCCUCAAUGGUCAAAAGUACCAAAUGCCUCGAAAGAAAGAAUACUUGCACAUUUGGAAGAUGAUUUGUUUGAUAUUGGGCGUACUAGAUAUGGAGAAGGGCAUAUGCCUGGGAUCUUGAGAGGCAUUGAUACUUCGUGUGCUAAAAAGUAUUCUGACUGGAAGUACGAUAUUAAAGAGCAUUUAAUGAUUAAUGGGCCACAAAAUCGUUAUGGUGGUUGCACGGAUACGCAGUAG